AUGGAGAGGUAUGGUGCCGGGGCACCUGCAAAAUGGCCUUUGGGGCACGAGAUGGAGUACGAGUGCCAGUUGGAUGACAUGGUACUUUGUAGCAAAGUGCGUGAUGCCUACGAGGUGGGCUUUCGUGGAAAGAAGCGGGACAAACCCACAGCAAUGGAGCAGCUCUUGGGGGGAACAGGUGACUCGAUGAGGAUUCGGAGAAUUGCCAAGGUUGAGCAGGUGAGCUGCGACAAUUGCGGCAGGAACUUGGCAGAUGCUGACAAGUCAGAAGGAGGGCGCUUCUUCUAUUACUGCCGGCGCUGCAAGCGAAGUGGCCACAGGUUCGAGCUAUGUAUCGCAUGCCAUGUGCUUGAAGUUCUUCAGGGUGAAGGCAAGUACAGCGGUACUGGUUUCCAUCCCCAUUACUUGAAGUGCCAGCAUAGCAUGCUGAUUCGCAGGCAAAGCCUGGAAAAUGCCUAUCCAAGCCAGAGGCCCAAAUUCAUAUUCAGUUAG